AUGCAGAUAGGUGAUGCUUCGACUAGACGCAGUAAGGUUGAUUCAGAACUUGUAAUGGAUUUUAGUAAUGAAUUUGUUACUCAUGAGAUAUUCAAGAGUCGAGAUGAGUUAAUUCGAUGGGUACGUCAAGUUGGAAGAAGAAAUGGAUUUGUUAUUGUCGUGCAGAAAGCAGAUGGAGGUGGUAUUCGAGAAUAUCUUGAGGGUCAUUCUUAUGCUGGAAGGUUGUCACAUGAGGAAACCUCUUUGUUGGUAGACAUGUCGAAGAGUAUAGUACGACCGAGUAAGAUAUUGGUUACAUUAAAACAACGUAAUGAUGCAAAUGUUUCCACAAUGAAGACAAUUUACAAUGCACGUCAUAGGUAUAAAGUUGCUGAGAAAGCUGGGAGAUCUCAAAUGCAACAACUAUUAGUUGCAUUUGCAUACCUCCAGUAUGAGAAGGAGGAUAACUAUACAUGGACACUUGGUCUUUUGCGUAAUGUCAUGGAUGAAAAUACUCUCCCUUCUGUUGUUGUCACAGAUAGAGAAUCGGCCCUUAUGAAUGCCAUAUGUACAGUGUUUCCUACAACUACAAAUUUGUUGUGUAGAUGGCAUAUUGGAAAAAAUGUGCUUGCUAAUUGCAAAAAGAUGUUUAAGACAAAGGAUAAAUGGGAAAUGUUUAUAAUGAGUUGGAAUAUGUUGGUUAUGUCAUCGUCUGAAGAAGUAUACAUGCAACGACUGUCUUUGUUAUAUAGUGAGUUCAGUACUUAUGAAGAUGCACUUCAUUAUGUUACCUCAUCUUGGUUGGAUACGUACAAGUCGAAAUUUAUGACUGCUUGGACUGACACAUUUAUGCACUUUGGAAAUUCUACAACAAAUAGUGAAAUAAAAUCAUCAUUUGAGAAAAACAAGAUAGUUGUGCAACAUGAUUUCAAACCUGCGCAGUUUAAGGAGCUUCGUGGUAAUGUCUUAAUUACUGCAUUAGAGAUCUUAUUGGCAGAGUCUAAACGAGCAUCUUCUGUUGGUAUUGAUAUUACUACAUGUGGAUGUGUUGUUCGACGUACUCAUGGUUUGCCAUGUGUACAUGAGAUAGCAAAUUACAUGAGGAAAAAUCGGCCAAUUCCCCUUUCAUCGGUUUAUUCAUAUUGGACUAAGCUUGAUAUGUUGAGUACCCCACACACUGUAAGUGAAGAGUGGACUUGUACACCUAAGUUAGAAUUGUUUGCCAAACGAUUCGAGGAGGUGGAUCCAAAUAUGAAGAGGUUUUUGUUACAAAAAUUGAGGGAGUUAGCCAAACCUGAUUGUACAUUUUUUAUUGAGCCGGAAUUGAAGUCUAAUCCACGGGGUCGACUAAAAUUGAAGAUUAAGACCUCCACUCGUCGUGAGCCAUCUGCGUUUGAAAUAGUUGCUUCAGCACAAGAUAGUUAUUCACCCGGAGUCAUUGCCAAGGCGAGUGUAACAACAAAAAAGGUUCACCAGUUUCGAUCAUUGAAUCCAAAUUGCUUUUUAGAGGCAUUCCCUUCUGAAUUGAGACGAUAUAUUAAAUACGUUAAGGAUGUUGCAGCAGAUGGCAAUUGUGGGUUCCGAGUUAUUGCUGGUUUGAUGGGUUUUGGAGAAGAAGGAUGGUUACAAGUGAGAAAAGAUUUACUUAAAGAGUUACAUGAGCAUAAUGACCACUACAGGAAAUUAUUUGGAUCACAAGAGAAAAUCGAUGACCUUACCAACAUCUUGGCAUAUUUUGAACCAAACCCUGGGGUUGGACCGGUGGAUGACGAUGCCUAA